AUGAACUCCUUGCAGCGCCUCUUUUUCGCUCUGAUGGUGGUGGUAUCCCAGAGAGUAUCUUCUCUUGUCUUGUUAACCCCACCAGCUUCUCACUAUGGCUUCUACGACGACGUUCGAACUGAUUUGUUUGACUUUUAUGCCGACUUUUAUCAAGCUGCUACUGCCGUUGGAGAGCGAGUCCUCUUGGUCGCCACGAAAGAUCCACGAAGAGGCAUCGACAAUGGAGCCCAUCAGGAAUUGAGAUCCAGAGGCAUUCCUGCAGAAGACAUGCUCGAUUUUGUAUUAGACGAUAUCUGGGCACGGGACUUUAUGCCCACGCAGUUAUCGUCGAGUCUCUAUGCUCGAUUUUCAUAUCAACCAGCCUAUCUGGACGAAGACAGUGUCUUUUACAUCAACGCUUCCGCAGAGGAUUUGAUUGGGUACUGGGAGCUUCGUAGCAGCGAUAGUUCUUUGACUCGAUACGACAAUAUCAUUAUGGAUGGAGGAAACAUUGUGUUUAUCAGUACUAGUAGUAAUGAAAACGGGACAGACACAGCCACCGAAAGCGUGGCAAUUGUAACGGAGCGAGUACUUCGGGAUAAUCCAGCCUUGGCAGGACGAUCCGGAUCAGGACUCGGACCAGCUUUUACUUGUUGCCCCUGGGAUCCUUAUGGCAUUCUCGACGGGGACGAAUACGGCCAGUUUUCUAUAGAAGAGCUAGCUGCUGGAGAAAGGGCACUCGAGGAAGCCUUGGAAUUUGAUCGAGUGGCCAUUGUACCGGAAGAACCAGAAGUAGUCCGCUUGGGUCACAUUGAUGGCAUUGCCAACUUUUUGGCUCCUGGAAUCUUGGCUCUCUCCAACUUUUCAGACACCAGCACAUACCAAGCAUAUGAACAGCUUCUUCUGGAGAAGCUUGGUGGGAAUAUUACCAUUGUCCCUCUCCCCUACGCCGUCGCCGACGAGACUUUUACAGACGGAUUUGAAUCGGCAAAAGGAAUUUACGUCAAUUUCCUGAGAACAAACAUGGCAAUCUACCUACCCUUAUUUGAUAUCCCAGAGGACGCAGUGGCCUUGGAAAUUGCUCAAAGCUAUAGCGACUUGCCUGUCGUGGGUGUCAACGCCAGCCAAGUCGCCAUCAUGGGCGGUAGCGUCCGCUGCUUGUCCCAGCAUUUGUGGGGUGACAUUGCCGAAGCUGUUCUGGGCUGA